CUUGGGCAGCCACAGUCAUGGCGGAGACGGCCCGCAGUGCCGUGGGCUCCGCGCCUGGGGCGGCGGCUUCCGCCGAAGCCCCGCUGCAGUACAGCCUUCUUCUGCAGUACCUGGUGGGUGACAAGCGUCAGCCCCGGCUCCUGGAGCCUGGGAGCCUGGGCGGGAUCCCGAUUCCGGCCAAGAGUGAGGAGCAGAAGAUGGUCGAGAGGGCGAUGGAAAGCUGCGCCUUCAAGGCGGCGCUGGCCUGCUUGGGAGGAUUUGUCUUGGGAGGUGCAUUUGGGGUGUUCACUGCUGGCAUUGAUACCAAUGUGGGCUUUGACCCUAAGGAUCCUUACCGCACGCCUACAGCAAAAGAAGUUCUUAAAGACAUGGGGCAGAGAGGAAUGUCCUACGCCAAAAAUUUUGCCAUCGUGGGCGCCAUGUUUUCUUGCACUGAGUGUUUGGUAGAAUCUUACCGGGGAAAAUCAGAUUGGAAGAACAGUGUCAUCAGUGGCUGCAUCACUGGAGGAGCCAUUGGUUUCAGAGCUGGCUUAAAGGCUGGGGUCAUUGGUUGUGGAGGUUUUGCUGCUUUCUCUGCUGCGAUCGAUUAUUACCUACGGUGAGAGCACUUGCCUCCAGGGAAGGAUGAUGCCAGCCCAGGAUCAGAGCUGUUCUGUGUAGGGCAGUUUCUGCACCAUUCCGGGGCACUUGCUUCAGAGACUGAAGACAUUUGUUUUCCCUCACAUAGUUGGUGUCGUGAGGGAGCUGCCUGGCUGCAAUCUGCUACCUCUGAGCAGCCACGCUCUCUGCUCCUGGACUCCAGCCAGGCUGUGGGGGGCUGUGCCACGCCAGCCUCUCUCUUUCGGGCAGAUCAGGAGUCAGCGUGUUGACCUGUAGGAAUUGAGUUCCGCAGACGUUCAGUCCUGACCACAAUUGGCCCUCUGGUUGUUUGGUGCCGUGGGAACGGAGGGGACUUUAC